CGCAUCUGUGUCCACAUCUGGGACAUAGCGGCUGAUCGAGCCAAUUUUUGCUAGGACCCAGUUGAGAAGUGGGACCACAGACCUUUAAGUUUUGACAGCUCAGGGAGCAACUUGGAAUCUUUUAGCCUGGGAAGUGAGGCUGAGAGCCCUGCUGACCAUGAGAACAUUACCAAGUCAUGGUGUGUCCCAGGUUCAAACCCUCCCUGGCGCUGCCUUUCAGCUCCCGGUGGGGCCCUCAGGAGGGGUCCUUUCAGCAGCAGGUAAAUGCAUGGUCUGGUGCAGCCCUAGGCACCUCCCAAGGGAGUGGGCAGGGAAGGCUGGGGUUUGUGCACCCAGAAGGGGGUGAGUGCACUGCGGCCAGCCUGAGGUGGUGGCCAUCAGUGGGCAGGGGCUGUAGAGGGGCUCAGAUUCACCUAGCCUCCUGCUCUGAGAAAAGGAAACAGAGGGUAGGGGUCACCAGGAACAGCUAGACUCCACGGACUGAGCCAGUUCUGGCGCCCUUCUCCGAGCUCUGCCCUUCCCUAGCUGGCUCCGGCCCGAGGGCCCCCCCUGUCCUGGGGCUCAGCCCCAAGGCCCUGGUUUGGGUGGGCAGGUGGCUGUCAGGGGCCAGAGCCCUGACAGAUGAGUGCUGACGGCCUUUCUCCCGGCGCCCUCCGCUGCUGACACCCCAUCACACUGCUGCGGGGACCCCGAGAGACCUGGCCGCCUCUGCGCACCCCCGCGGCAGCCUGCAGGCGACGGGGGCGGGGACGGUGCCAGGCGCCCCUCACUCGCGCACACCUGCGCCGCCAGUCCCGCUUGGUCGGGCGGCACGGCGGUGUUACCGGCCGCCACUCCGGCCGCCGCGGCCGCCGGGAGCCCCAGAGCGCAGAACCGGUCCCAGGCGCGCAAGGUCAGUGAGUGCGCACGAGGGCGACUCAGGGGCAGGGGACGUAGUUACCAAAGGAUCUGAGGAACCUGGGGACCGCUCCCACACCCGACGCCCCCGCACCUCCUCCUCCGCCAGCCCGGUCGGAGGUCGCAGCACCCCGCGGAGCCCAGCGCCGUGGCGCACGCGCGCCGCUCCUGCUGCCAACUUCGGUGGGUGCGACUCGGCGUCGGGGGACGCGGCCGGUGGCGGAGGCUUCGGAGAUUCGCUGCCACGUGGCUGUGGUACCCAGGCCUGCCUGGGCCUGCCUAAUAGCUGCAAUGUCUCAAGAGCCAGGCUCGAGCAGAGUGUGCACAGGGACCAGGGCACGGUCCAGGAAGCCCAAGAAGCCACACUACAUCCCACGGCCCUGGGGCAAACCCUACAAUUACAAGUGCUUCCAGUGCCCCUUCACCUGCCUAGAGAAGUCGCACCUGUACAACCACAUGAAGUACAGCCUCUGCAAAGACUCCCUGUCUUUGUUGCUGGACUCCCCAGACUGGUCGUGCCGCCGCGCUCCUGCCACACCCAGGCCCCGUGCACCCACCCCUGCCCUCCCAGGAGAUUCCUCAGACCCUGGUAGCCAGCCACAAGGAGCCACCACACCUGACCUGGCAGUUGCUGACAUCCUCUCCCUACACCAUAGUGGGGGCCCCAAACCUGGGGCCAAGGGGUCCCCAGGGCCCCUGCCUCCUGUGGCUAGGGCUGCCCAGAAGGGUCUGGGCCCAGGUGGGCUCCUGGCUGAGUCCUGGAAGCCAGGGGGCCUAAGGAGCACAGCUGUGGGCGAUGUGGCUUCAUCCGGCCCCAAGGGCAAUGCCCCUUGCUACCCCCCACCCACCCCAGGAGAGUUCUCUGAGGCCCAGAGCCUCCAAUUGUCCUUACUGGGAGUCAACUACCCUCUCGGCCCAGGCCUCUUCUCCUACUUGGGGCCCUCACUGGCUGCUGCAGCCCAUGUACCCUUCUUGGCCUCAGCUGGCCCCCUGCUGCCCCCAGCCACAGCCUUCCCAGCCCUGCAGCCUGCUGAACGCCCAGCCUUGGCCCCCCGCCUGUACUGCCCACUGCUGCUGGAGCAUGCUCUAGGGCUGCCAGCCGGGAAGGCUGCCUCUGCCAAGGUCCCUCCCCGCCCCAAGGGCCCCCCUGGGAUGCUCGCUCCUGGCUUACUGGGGGGGCCCUGGCCCUGCAGCACCCUUAGGGACCCAGGGCAGGAGGGGGAGCUAGAGCAGACUGCCCAGUAUGACCCCAAGAAGAGGCUACCUCUGGGGAGCAGGCUCCCAAAGACCUCUCCUGACCUGGCCAGGUUUUGCUCCCAGAGCAGCCUGCCCACCGCUCCAUCUGCCAUGCUUUGGCCUGAGGACAAGGAGCCAGGCACAGACGCUGAAACCACUGGCCCCCAGGGGUCCCUCCCCCCACAGGCUCAGGGCCCAGUGCCAGGAAGUCCAGGGCACAUGGGUGAGGACCUGACACGGGCCCUGGGCGACUUCACCAGGGUGGAGCAACGCCUGGGGCAAUUGGCACCUGCAGGGGGCCUGGCCCCGAGACCUCUGAGGGAGCAGCUGGGCAGGAUCCGCCUUGAGCUGCUCACCAUUCAUCAGGCCCUGGAGCGGGCCGUGCAGCCACCGGACAUACCCCUUGACCUCUCUGUGAAACGCAUGCCCACCAAGGGGUCUGAGAGGAUCUGGGGGUCAGCUGAACUGCACCCCAUAUUGGCCCCAGGGACCCCUGAGUCACCUAGCAUGAUGGCCCCUCCAGCACCAGAACCUUUCUCUGGUCACACCACCAAGUGUGAGGCAGACUCCAGUGUCCCACCCCCGGGCCUCCCCUUACAGGCCCCUGAGGACCCUGGCAUUGCUGGCAGUGGCUGGGGCCCCUGUGUUGGGGCCAGGAGCUCUCAGCACCCCGAAGACAUCCUGCCAAGCACCCCAGUUGCCAAGGUCUGAUCCCAGCUCUUGCAGUCCACCUGUGUUGGUCCCACUCCUGCAUUCCUGGGCCCCCCUCCUACCCUGCCUCAGCCCCAUAGCCAAGGCCUGGGACCCAUCCAGCCUUGGCCUGCAUGUGGAUAGACCCUUGCCAAGCUGUGGCCAAGGCUCGUCCUUGGGGUCACCCAGGGACAGCAGAGGUCACAGCUAUUUAUUGAUCAUAGUUGAGGACAUUAAAAUAGA